AUGAUAGGAUUUAAAAUCACCAACUUGUGGGAGUUGGCUGGUUUUACUGCUGACAUCGGAAUGUCGACGAGUUGGAACAGUAGGACAUACGUCAAAGUCACCGUUUCAGGAAAAUACAAGGGAAAGAUUUGCAGCACUCUAUGUGGCAACAACAAUGGUCGUCGAGAUGAUGACAAUCAAUACAGCAGAAAAUGUGCGUCAUCAUCUCAACCAUGUAUCAUUGCUUCCCAGAAGAAAGCUGUAAUAGAUAAAUGUCACUUGAUGAGCGAUGCUUCAUCUCCAUUCCACAAAGCGUGCAACCGUUAUGUUGAUCCAGCCGCCUUGAUCAGUAAUUGUAAAUAUGACGCAUGUCGCUGCACAGAUCCAAUGAAAUGUGUUUGUAACGCUUUUGCUGCUUACAGUAAACUUUGUGUUGAAUAUGGUGGUGUUAUUGACUGGAGAUUUAAUGGAACUUAUUUAUAUCCAAAACUCAAAGAAUGUGAAAAAACAUGCAGUAACAAAGGAGAAAUUUUCACAGAAUGCGGAUCUGCUUGUGCAAAAACAUGUCGUGAUAUAUCACGUGGUUUAAAAUGCAGUGAAAGAUGCAUUCCUGGAUGCCAGUGUCCAAAAGGAUCUUACUUGGACGAGAAGAAUCAUUGCGUUCCUAUGAAGGAAUGCCCAUGUUUCUUUGAAGGAAAUUAUUACAAGGCGGGUGAAAGUGUGAAAGUUGGACGUUGUAAAACCUGUACGUGUAAUACGGGAGCUAUGGCUUGUGUGGAAGACCGAAAUUGCUCCUCCAAAAGUCCUUGUGAAUCGUUCCCAUGCAAAAAUGAUGGUGGUUGUCUUGAAGAAGGAGAUACAUUCUCUUGUAUUUGUAUCAAUGGGUAUCAUGGCAAAACUUGUGAAGAGUUACCACCAACACCAUGUGACUCUCGUCCUUGUAAAAACAACGGUAUCUGUUCAAUUAAUGGAGAUACAUUUUCGUGUGAAUGUGCUGUUGGUUUUGAAGGCAACACUUGUGAAGUUACGAAUGCAUGUGCAAAAGGACCUUGUAAGAAUGAAGGUGUUUGUACAAUUGUUGGAUCUUCUUAUAAAUGUGAAUGUAAAUAUGGUUUCACUGGAAAGAAUUGCGAGGUUGGAGUUUGUGAUCAUAGUCCUUGUAAGAAUGGUGGUUCGUGUGUUGUUGAUGGUAGUUCAUACAAAUGUACAUGCCCUCCAGACUUUAUUGGUAUUCACUGUGAAACAAAAGUUCCAAAUCCUUGUGAGCCAAAUCCAUGUAAAAAUGGUGGACAAUGCAACAUUUUGGGUAACAGCUACACAUGUAAAUGCAAACCUGCUUUUGGCGGAAACAACUGCGAAUAUUCACAAUCAACAUGCAUUGCAUCUGGGGAUCCUCAUUACACCUCAUUUGAUGGCAAAGAUUUAACUUCAUGGGAGAUUGUGAAUACGACUUUGCUAAAGAUUGCAGCGAAAACAAACUUUUUACAGUCCGCACUAAAAAUACGCGUUGUGGGAGGCGUGUCACUUGUACAGCGGCUGUUAAGAUCUAUAUAUGGGAGUUGGCUGGUUUUUACUGCUGACAUCGGAAUGUCGACGAGUUGGAACAGUAGGACAUACGUCAAAGUCACCGUUUCAGGAAAAUACAAGGGAAAGAUUUGCAGCACAUCUCUAUGUGGCAACAACAAUGGUCGUCGAGAUGAUGACAAUCAAUACAGCAGAAAAUGUGCGUCAUCAUCUCAACCAUGUAUCAUUGCUUCCCAGAAGAAAGCUGUAAUAGAUAAAUGUCACUUGAUGAGCGAUGCUUCAUCUCCAUUCCACAAAGCGUGCAACCGUUAUGUUGAUCCAGCCGCCUUGAUCAGUAAUUGUAAAUAUGACGCAUGUCGCUGCACAGAUCCAAUGAAAUGUGUUUGUAACGCUUUUGCUGCUUACAGUAAACUUUGUGUUGAAUAUGGUGGUGUUAUUGACUGGAGAUUUAAUGGAACUUAUUUAUAUCCAAAACUCAAAGAAUGUGGUAAAAUAAAUUUGAAUGCCCAUGUUUCUUUGAAGGAAAUUAUUACAAGGCGGGUGAAAGUGAAAGUUGGACGUUGUAAAACCUGUACGUGUAAUACGGGAGCUAUGGCUUGUGUGGAAGACCGAAAUUGCUCCUCCAAAAGUCCUUGUGAAUCGUUCCCAUGCAAAAAUGAUGGUGGUUGUCUUGAGGAAGGAGAUACAUUCUCUUGUAUUUGUAUCAAUGGAUAUCAUGGCAAAACUUGUGAAGAGUUACCACCAACACCAUGUGACUCUCGUCCUUGUAAAAACAACGGUAUCUGUUCAAUUAAUGGAGAUACAUUUUCGUGUGAAUGUGCUGUUGGUUUUGAAGGCAACACUUGUGAAGUUACGAAUGCAUGUGCAAAAGGACCUUGUAAGAAUGAAGGUGUUUGUACAAUUGUUGGAUCUUCUUAUAAAUGUGAAUGUAAAUAUGGUUUCACUGGAAAGAAUUGCGAGGUUGGAGUUUGUGAUCAUAGUCCUUGUAAGAAUGGUGGUUCGUGUGUUGUUGAUGGUAGUUCAUACAAAUGUACAUGCCCUCCAGACUUUAUUGGUAUUCACUGUGAAACAAAAGUUCCAAAUCCUUGUGAGCCAAAUCCAUGUAAAAAUGGUGGACAAUGCAACAUUUUGGGUAACAGCUACACAUGUAAAUGCAAACCUGCUUUUGGCGGAAACAACUGCGAAUAUUCACAAUCAACAUGCAUUGCAUCUGGGGAUCCUCAUUACACCUCAUUUGAUGGCAAAAGAUUUAACUUCAUGGGAGAUUGUGAAUACGACUUUGCUAAAGAUUGCAGCGAAAACAAACUUUUACAGUCGCACUAAAAUACGCGUUGUGGGAGGCGUGUCACUUGUACAGCGGCUGUUAAGAUCUAUAUAGCUGGUUACUUCAUUCAGUUCACACGUCAGAGACGUUCCGCAGUUGUAAACGGAGUUAGGCUUUCACAAUUUCCAAUAGUUCGUCCUGGAUUUAAAAUCACCAAUCCCAGUGGGAGUUGGCUGGUUUUUACUGCUGACAUCGGAAUGUCGACGAGUUGGAACAGUAGGACAUACGUCAAAGUCACCGUUUCAGGAAAAUACAAGGGAAAGAUUUGCAGCACAUCUCUAUGUGGCAACAACAAUGGUCGUCGAGAUGAUGACAAUCAAUACAGCAGAAAAUGUGCGUCAUCAUCUCAACCAUGUAUCAUUGCUUCCCAGAAGAAAGCUGUAAUAGAUAAAUGUCACUUGAUGAGCGAUGCUUCAUCUCCAUUCCACAAAGCGUGCAACCGUUAUGUUGAUCCAGCCGCCUUGAUCAGUAAUUGUAAAUAUGACGCAUGUCGCUGCACAGAUCCAAUGAAAUGUGUUUGUAACGCUUUUGCUGCUUACAGUAAACUUUGUGUUGAAUAUGGUGGUGUAAUUGACUGGAGAUUUAAUGGAACUUAUUUAUAUCCAAAACUCAAAGAAUGUGAAAAAACAUGCAGUAACAAAGGAGAAAUUUUCACAGAAUGCGGAUCUGCUUGUGCAAAAACAUGUCGUGAUAUAUCACGUGGUUUAAAAUGCACUGAAAGAUGCAUUCCUGGAUGCCAGUGUCCAAAAGGAUCUUACUUGGACGAGAAGAAUCAUUGCGUUCCUAUGAAGGAAUGCCCAUGUUUCUUUGAAGGAAAUUAUUACAAGGCGGGUGAAAGUGUCAAAGUUGGACGUUGUAAAACCUGUACGUGUAAUACGGGAGCUAUGGCUUGUGUGGAAGACCGAAAUUGCUCCUCCAAAAGUCCUUGUGAAUCGUUCCCAUGCAAAAAUGAUGGUGGUUGUCUCGAGGAAGGAGAUACAUUCUCUUGUAUUUGUAUCAAUGGAUAUCAUGGCAAAACUUGUGAAGAGUUACCACCAACACCAUGUGACUCUCGUCCUUGUAAAAACAACGGUAUCUGUUCAAUUAAUGGAGAUACAUUUUCGUGUGAAUGUGCUGUUGGUUUUGAAGGCAACACUUGUGAAGUUACGAAUGCAUGUGCAAAAGGACCUUGUAAGAAUGAAGGUGUUUGUACAAUUGUUGGAUCUUCUUAUAAAUGUGAAUGUAAAUAUGGUUUCACUGGAAAGAAUUGCGAGGUUGGAGUUUGUGAUCAUAGUCCUUGUAAGAAUGGUGGUUCGUGUGUUGUUGAUGGUAGUUCAUACAAAUGUACAUGCCCUCCAGACUUUAUUGGUAUUCACUGUGAAACAAUUCCAAAUCCUUGUGAGCCAAAUCCAUAAAAUGGUGGACAAUGCAACAUUUUGGGUAACAGCUACACAUGUAAAUGCAAACCUGCUUUUGGCGGAAACAACUGCGAAUAUUCACAAUCAACAUGCAUUGCAUCUGGGGAUCCUCAUUACACCUCAUUUGAUGGCAAAAGAUUUAACUUCAUGGGAGAUUGUGAAUACGACUUUGCUAAAGAUUGCAGCGAAAACAAACUUUUUACAGUCCGCACUAAAAAUACACGUUGUGGGAGGCGUGUCACUUGUACAGCGGCUGUUAAGAUCUAUAUAGCUGGUUACUUCAUUCAGUUCACACGUCAGAGACGUUCCGCAGUUGUAAACGGAGUUAGGCUUUCACAAUUUCCAAUAGUUCGUCCUGGAUUUAAAAUCACCAAUCCCAGUGGGAGUUGGCUGGUUUUUACUGCUGACAUCGGAAUGUCGACGAGUUGGAACAGUAGGACAUACGUCAAAGUCACCGUUUCAGGGAAAUACAAGGAAAGAUUUGCAGCACAUCUCUAUGUGGCAACAACAAUGGUCGUCGAGAUGAUGACAAUCAAUACAGCAGAAAAUGUGCGUCAUCAUCUCAACCAUGUAUCAUUGCUUCCCAGAAGAAAGCUGUAAUAGAUAAAUGUCACUUGAUGAGCGAUGCUUCAUCUCCAUUCCACAAAGCGUGCAACCGUUAUGUUGAUCCAGCCGCCUUGAUCAGUAAUUGUAAAUAUGACGCAUGUCGCUGCACAGAUCCAAUGAAAUGUGUUUGUAACGCUUUGCUGCUUACAGUAAACUUUGUGUUGAAUAUGGCGGUGUAAUUGACUGGAGAUUUAAUGGAACUUAUUUAUAUCCAAAACUCAAAGAAUGUG